CGUGGAUCUGGAUUCUUCCCUGCCCGCUCGUGGGCCGUGCGUUUCCCGCCUGCAGGCCCCGAACCCGACACCGUCUCUUCAUAUCCGGAAACCGGCUCCUCCCCCCUCCCCCAGGCCGGGGUUCCGGACUCCUCCCCCCAAGACCUUCAGUCCGGCGUUUUCUCCCUCAGUAUUUAGGAAUCUGACCCAUUCUCCCUAAUUCCGCUGAUUCAGCCCCUAAAACUGUAUUCCGACCCUACAACAAUGAGUUGACUCCUACCCCCUUGCCGAGGAUCCGCGCCACCUCCCCGCAGUGACGAGGAUAACUUAUUCCCGUGCUGGAAUUGCAGAAUAGGCUCCUUUCCCCAACUAUCUCCCUUCGGCCUUACCCCAGUCUAGCCGUCUUUUCUUAUAACACAGAUCUGGGCUCCCAGACCCGCGACACCUCAGAACCCACCCUUUUCUUUCCCACUUGGCUCCUCCAGCGAACUCUCCCCAUGUCCUCUCUGUGCAGGUCCCCAGCCUGGGAAAAGAUGGCCCCACGGCCUCCUCGGGGCCUAGCCCCGUCUCUGCUGUGGGGCCUGAGCUUCUUCCUUGGCCUCCCAGGGCCGGUCUGGGUCCAGCUUUCUCCACCUCCGAAGUCUUCUUUCCCCACUGAGCCCCAUCCGUGUCACACCUGCCGGGGACUCGUCGACAGCUUCAACAAGGGCCUGGAGAGAACCAUCCGGGAUAACUUUGGAGGUGGAAACACUGCCUGGGAGGAAGAGAAGUUGUCCAAAUACAAAGACAGUGAGACCCGGCUGGUAGAGGUGCUUGAGAGCGUGUGCAGCAAGUCGGAUUUUGAGUGCCACCGCCUGCUGGAGCUGAGUGAGGAGCUGGUGGAGAGCUGGUGGUUUCACAAGCAGCAGGAAGCCCCGGACCUCUUCCAGUGGCUCUGCUCAGAUUCCCUGAAGCUCUGCUGCCCCUCAGGCACCUUCGGGCCCUCCUGCCUCCCCUGUCCUGGGGGUGCAGAGCGGCCCUGCGGUGGCUACGGGCAGUGUGAAGGGGAAGGGACUCGAGGGGGCAGCGGGCACUGUGACUGCCAAGCCGGCUACGGGGGUGAGGCCUGUGGCCAGUGUGGCCUCGGCUACUUUGAGGCAGAGCGCAAUGCCAGCCAUCUGGUAUGUUCGGCUUGUUUUGGCCCCUGUGCCCGCUGCUCAGGACCUGAGGAAUCAAAUUGUCUACAGUGCAAGAAGGGCUGGGCCCUGCAUCACCUCAAGUGUGUAGACAUUGAUGAGUGUGGCACAGAGCGAGCCAACUGUGGAGCGGACCAGUUCUGCGUGAACACAGAGGGCUCCUAUGAGUGCCGAGACUGUGCCAAGGCCUGCCUGGGCUGCAUGGGGGCAGGGCCUGGCCGCUGUAAGAAGUGUAGCCCUGGCUACCAGCAGGUGGGCUCCAAGUGUCUCGACGUGGACGAGUGUGAGACAGUGGUAUGUCCAGGAGAGAACGAGCAGUGUGAGAACACCGAGGGCAGUUACCGCUGCGUCUGUGCCGAGGGCUACAAACAGAUUGAGGGCAUCUGUGUGAAGGAGCAGAUCCCAGAGUCAGCGGGCUUCUUCUCGGAGAUGACAGAGGACGAGCUGGUGGUGCUGCAGCAGAUGUUCUUUGGCGUCAUUAUCUGUGCACUGGCCACGCUGGCCGCCAAGGGUGACUUGGUCUUCACCGCCAUCUUCAUUGGGGCUGUGGCGGCCAUGACCGGCUACUGGUUGUCAGAGCGCAGUGACCGUGUGCUGGAGGGCUUCAUCAAGGGCAGAUAAUCCCUGCCACACCUGCAGCAUCUCCUCCCGCCCAGGCUACCCCCAAGGUUGGGACUCUCCCACCUGGAUGUUUGAGGCACUUGCUUUAUUUUUGAGAGUGGGGUAAGCACCCCUUACCCACCUUAUGGAGCAGCCCAGACACCUAGGCCUGGGCAUGUGAGGCCCCUGGGGUGAAAAAGUAGCCCUAAAGGUGGGUGUCAUGAGAUCUUGGCCUUGGGGCACUGGGCAGGCCUCACAAUGUGUGUGAAUUUUUUAAAAAAGUAUCUCUUCGUUGUGGCUGCUAGUGAGAUUUGGCCCCUGCCCACGAUGGGGAGGGGGGGCUCCCUGCAGGAGUGGGCCCUUCACAGCCCCCUCCUGCCAGCUGCAUGCUGCCAGCUCCUGUUCUGUAUUCACCCCCUUGCCCCUCCCAGCCACUGAUUUAUUUAUUCAUCUCAGGAAAUAAAGAAAAGCCUUGGAAAAUGGA